CAUCGAGAUAUAUAAAACGAGAAACGGUGUCGUAUUUUUAAAUAAAACGCAACAAUGAGGUGUAAGAAGCACUUACCUGACCUCACCAGCACCAUCGGCGUUUGCGCUUCGUGUCUCCGGGAGCGUCUCCAGCCUAUCUACGCAGCCCAGGUUCAGGCCCAUGCACAAGCCCAAUCAGGAGAAAACGCAUCUCCGCAACGAGAACGGAAGCCCAAGGCGGAGGAGAAAACGGCGCCGAUCAAUUUCCCGCGCUCGGUGUCCCCCUACGUCGCGCGCAGGAAAUCCGACUGCGACAGCCGCCGAGAGAGGCUGUUCUACGGCACGCCGCAGGCUAAACCCGCCGCGAGAGACGGCGGAGCUGCGGCGGAGAAGAGGAGACACGGCGGCGGGAGGUUCUGGAUCCUCUCGAACAUCUUCCGCGGCAGAUCGCACAAGACGGAGGCCGCCGCCGCGCGUCGGGAACCGUGCGAGGAACGGUCCACGGCGUCGUCGUGGUUCGCGAUGAUGCUCCCCGCGCGCCACCACAGAGGCGGCGAAACCGACAGAAGGAGAUGCCGGCGCGCGGAUCGAGGUAUGUCGCCGUCGACGGCGGCCGAUUUCAGCGACGAGGCGGCGCAGGAGCGGUCCGAUUCCGGGAAUUCGACGGAGAGUUCGCCUCAGAGACAGAAUCCGACGCCGGCGACGGCACAUCGGCGGUCUCGGCUCAGCGGCGGAACGAAGGGACUGUCGACGAGCAUGGCGUUCUGUCUGAGUCCUCUGGUUCGGGCGAGUCCGAACCAGAACCAGCAUUGGACCCAUAACAAUAAUAUUACCAAUAAUAGUAAAGGAUUGGGCCAGGAAAUGGGUGCUGGUGGGCCCCACCACAUAUCCUCUGCGGCGUCGUUUUGUGCCAACCGAUCGCGGAAGCUCGCGGAUUUCGGCAGGAACCCGCACAACCGUUGAUUUUGCGGACCGUGGUACGGGCUUGUGUUUUGUCCGUUUCCGUUUGUAGAUUCUUUUUUUCUUUUUCUUUUUUUUCUUCCGACAAAAAACGUAAUCAUUUUUCUUCUCUCUUCUUUCUCACUUUGUAUAGUCCACAUAGCUCAUUGCAAUUUACAAAAGAAAAAAAAUAUAUACUUUUCAAAAUAUGAGUUUGACA